UAUCGUCACGUUUGUGUUGCGCGUACCAGUUCAGUUUCUCUUAAAAGUACUGUUUAAUGAUGAACCUGACCCAUACAAGGAAAUAAAGAAAACUAGUGACAUCAACCUGCAGUCCGAUCAUAUUGUGCAUUUCCAUAUUUCAAACGGUGAAAACCGCUGAAAGCUGCCGGUAAUUUUUUAUUUCAACAUGAUGAAAUAAAAAUAUUGAAAAGUGAGUGCACGACCGUUCAAACAAAACUGGCGAGCUAACUGUUAGCCAAAAAAAGCGAAAGACACAGGUCGAACCAGAAGCAAUAACCUAGCAAAACGACAACAUCAUUGGUCGGGCCAGGUGAAACAACUUCAGCGAGAUUGAUUGAAAACUCGAAAGAAGUCAAUAUAGUGAAUAGGUCAGACAAAACCUCAACCAAGGUUUCCAAUCAGAACCAGUGGGUUUCCCCGCCCGGUGAUUGCCCAAUGAAAGUGUGAGUGAAGAGAAAAAAGUGAAAAACCGAAAUAAGCGAAAUGCACUUUUACGCAAUCAUACGCAGUGAAUAGUGAUAAUUUGUGCGCAAGGUGAAGUGGAAGAAAAAUUAAACCAUUGGAAAUCAAGAUUGCCGGAAAACGAGCGUGAAACAGAAGCAGCGGUUGAUGUACUUAACUGCCCCCAAGUGAAGAGCUUGUUUAUUUUUUGCAGAGUAUAAAAAUGUAUCGUCCAAAUUUUUACGAGUCUACCUGUCUACGGUGCAGUGAGAUUGUCUAUCAGGUGGAUCGCGUGGGACCGUUGAAAGAUUUUACAUUUUUUCAUUCCGGUUGCUUCAAGUGUAAGAAAUGCGGAACCAAGCUGACACUGAAAACCUAUUACAACAACCAGCACAACCAGGAUGAUAAAGAGGUUUAUUGUUGUUCGCAUGUGCCGAAGAGUGGUCCAGGACAUUUUGACCAGACUUCCGUUGGCAUCCGGCAAGCAUUGAAUGUACCUAAGAGCACUAACUACGUCAACGAACAGAUACGAGGUCAUCGAAACGACAGUAUUGAUGGCCUACCGAGACAAACGACACCGAACGGUUUUAAUGGAAUCCGGGAAGGUAAUUCACCACCACAGUCUGAUCCCGACUACAAAUAUGGCCGCUUCGACGCCAGCGCAUUGCACAUUGCCCAUGCGCUUAAGCAGACAGAAAUUCAAAAGGCUUACGACAAACUGCGGGAGAAACCAAUAGACUAUUAUUUGGCCCGAGAGGAACAAGCGAAGCUUGAAAUGAAGCAUCGAAAAGAGGAAGACGACCUAUAUAGGAAAUUCGCAAGGAAACGCGAGGAAGAAGAUAAACGAAUGCAAAGUGAGAUUCAGGAUGAGUGGGAGCGCGAACUUCAGCGAUUGGCACAUAAGUUUGAGAAGGAGAUGACCACUUUGCGACGUUCACGGGAAGAUCAGAGCAUGCUGACAUUGAAACACGAGCAACAAAAAGAAGAUCUAGAAAAGAACAUGACGAUACGAAAAACAAAGAAAAAAGAAAGCCUGACAAGGAAAUUGCUAGAACAUGAACGCUCAGAAACUGCAGCACUGGUGGAUCGUCAAUCAAGUGAAAUGUUAGAGCUAAUUAGCGCCCGACGCAGCGAGUACAUGCAGACAGAAAGCAUAUUUCUCGAUGACGAAUUCACCGAAAGUACUGUUCCACUGGAAUACCCAUUGGUUGCCCCGAAACCAGCUCCUCCGGCUCUUAGCAAGUUUCAAAUAUACAAUGAUCCGAUCGAGUUUCAGGAUGUAGACCAGAUCGCCAUCACUGUUGCUCAAGAAGAUCAGAAAACAUUUACAGACCUUGUGCGCCAACUAGUCGGCCGAUGUACGUCGGACAUCGAAAAAGCGCGAACCAUUUUCAGAUGGAUUACCGUAAAAAAUCUUAACACGAUGACAUUUGAUGAUGAAGUUCGCGGGGAUACUCCAAUGGGACUUCUCCGAGGAAUAAAAUACGGAACUGAAAGUUACCAUGUUUUAUUCAAAAGAUUAUGCAGUUAUGCUGGCCUGCAUUGCGUAGUCAUCAAAGGAUACUCGAAAAGUGCUGGUUACCAACCGGGAGUUAAAUUUCAAGAUUCAAGUCACCCGAAAAAUUCUAGGUUCCGAAACUCCUGGAACGCUGUCUAUGUUGCUGGAGCAUGGCGUUUCGUGCAAUGCAACUGGGGUGCACGCCAUCUGGUUAAUGCGAAGGAAGCACCCAAAAGUGGAAAAGGCAAAAACGAUAGCUUACGAUAUGAGUACGAUGACCAUUACUUCCUAACGGAUCCGCGCGAGUUCAUCUACGAGUUCUUUCCACUGCAGGAAGAUUGGCAGCUAUUGAAGCGACCAAUUCCAUUAAAUGAAUUCGAAAAUCUGCCUUUCGUCCGAUCGCUAUUCUUCCGAUAUGGCUUGCAUUUUGCAGAUGAGGGAUAUGGUGCCGUAGUUUUCACAGAUGAUACAGGUGCAGCAACCGUGAGAAUAGCAAUGCCAUCGGAUAUGCAAGGUUGCCUGAUAUUCCACUACAACCUAAAAUUCUACGACAGUGAAGAAGAUUCGUACGACGGAGUAUCGCUGAAACGGUUUGUCAUGCAGUCAGUCAUAAGCAAUAUCGUUGCUUUCCGAGUGCAUGCCCCUUGUUCGGGAGCUUUUCUGCUAGACAUUUUUGCCAACGCGGUUACACCGCAAGAGUACCUGACUGGUGAGCCAAUGAAGUUCAAGAGCGUGUGUAAAUUCAAGAUUUGCUGCGAAGAACUACAAACGGUUAUGGUUCCACUGCCAGAUUGCGCUAGUGGAGAGUGGGGACCUACCAAAGCAACAAGACUUUUUGGGCUAAUACCAAUUACACACCAGGAACCUCUCAUAUUUGCUGGACGAGCAAUCGAAUUGCAAUUCCGAAUGUCUCGACCUCUAACAGACUUUAUGGCGACGCUUCAUAAAAACGGUAUAGAAGAAAAGAAGCUAUCCAAAUACGUACAGCAUAACGUGAUAGGUGAUACAGUUACGUUCAACAUAAGCUUUCCACAGGAGGGCCAAUAUGGUUUAGAUAUUUACACUAGAGAAGUGGGAUCGAUUACAAACAAUAAUAAUUCGUCAAACGAGAAGCAUCUUUUAACGCACUGUUGCAAAUAUUUGAUUAAUUCAUCAAAGCGAAACUGAGUUCCACCUGCAGCAACUCACAGCUAUUGUACCGUUACAUUCGUUGAAAUAAUUUGUUAGUUACUGUAAAUAUAGAUGAUAGAAUGUUCACAACACAGAUAAAAGUAUUUCAAUUUUUAAUGUUGACAGAUAUAUGUAUUUAUUAACAAAAACUUAUUCUACUGCUCCGCUCAUCGCACAACUGAUUCACUCACAAAUGUAAAUAGAACCCCUGUUAUUAAUUACAAUAAACCAAAUAAGAUUUAUGCAUAAUAAUUAUU